ACGGCUCUGCCCAGAGGAAGGCGAGGAGGGAGGAGAGGGAUAACAAGCUGAUCCUGCCACAGGCGACCACAGAGUCUGAUGUGAGCCCCACAAAGAGGAUCAGCGCCUGCAGGAUUCACCGCCCUCUACAAAAUAAGAACAUGACAGCAAUCCUGGAUAACCGAAUGCAAACGCUGCAAAUAGAGCAUGACAUGGAUCGCUCCUACACGCCGUCGCCACCGAAUUCACCGAGCCUCCACAAUGACAGCUGUAAUAUUGCCCCGCUCACCCCAUCACAGUCUCCGAGGAGCGAGCGCCGGAGUAUACGGGCCCCUCGGUUCUACGUGGUGGUGGCCAUCGACUUCGGCACAACAUCCAGCGGCUAUGCCUUCAGCUUUUGCAAAGACCCGGAAGCCAUUCACAUGAUGAGGAAAUGGGAAGGAGGUGACCCCGGGGUCGCCAACCAGAAGACGCCCACCAGCCUGCUCCUGACCCCCGACAAGACCUUCCACAGCUUCGGCUACACGGCCAGAGACUUCUACCACGACCUGGACCCCGAGGAGGCCCGAGACUGGCUGUACUUUGAGAAGUUCAAGAUGAAGAUCCACAGCACCAGUGACCUGACCAUGAAGACGGAGCUGGAAGCUGUGAACGGGAGGAAGGUUCAGGCGCUGGAGGUCUUCGCACACGCCCUGCGAUUCUUCAAGGAGCACGCCAUAAAGGAACUGCGGGAUCAGUGCCCCUCCCUGGAUGAGAAGGAGGCCGUCCGAUGGGUCAUCACCGUCCCCGCCAUCUGGAAGCAGCCAGCCAAGCAGUUCAUGAGGGAGGCCGCCUACCUGGCCGGCCUGGUGUCUCCAGAAAACCCGGAGCAGCUCCUGAUCGCUCUGGAGCCGGAGGCCGCCUCCAUCUACUGCAGGAAGCUCCGCCUACACCAGCUGAUCGACCUCAGCAGCAAGUCCCUGUUCAACGGCGGCUUCCCCACCGACCGCACCCGCAGCAUCGACUCCAGCUUCAGAAUAGCGAGAGAGCAGCUGCGGAGAUCCCGCCACAGUCGGACAUUCCUGGUGGAGACAGGCAUGGGGGAGCUGUGGUCCGAGAUGCAGACAGGAGAUCGCUACAUUGUUGUGGACUGCGGUGGAGGUACGGUGGACCUCACAGUACAUCAGAUCGAGCAGCCAGAGGGGACAUUGAAGGAGCUCUACAAAGCAUCAGGGGGUCCAUACGGAUCUGUUGGGGUUGACCUCGCCUUUGAGAAGAUGCUGUGCAAGAUAUUCAGCGAAGAUUUCAUCCAGACCUUCAAGGUGAAGCGCCCAGCCGCCUGGGUGGAUCUGAUGAUCGCAUUUGAGGCCCGGAAGAGGACUGCCGCCCCGCAGAGGUCCAACCACUUGAACAUCUCUCUCCCCUUCUCCUUCAUCGACUUCUACCGCAGACACAAGGGGCAUAACGUGGAGACGGCUCUCCGGAAGAGCAGCGUGCAUUUCGUGACGUGGUCAUCACAGGGGAUGCUGCGAAUGUCCCCCGAAGCUAUGAACGAACUCUUCCAGCCUACCAUCCAGCAGAUCGUCCAGCACAUAGGUGACCUCAUGACAAGCCAGAAGUGAAAGGCAUCAAGUAUCUGUUCCCUGGUGGGUGGUUUCGCAGAGUCAACAAUGCUUCAGAAUGCUGUCCAGACUGCUUUCAGCGAGAUCUGCCGGGUCAUCAUCCCCCAAGACGUUGGCUUGACCAUCCUCAAAGGCGCAGUCCUAUUUGGCCUAGACCCGACCAUUGUGAGGGUGCGACGCUCACCACUGACCUACGGGGUCGGAGUCCUCAAUAAGUACGGAGGGAAGCAUCCGAAGGAGAAACUCCUGGUGAAAGAUGGGAAGAACUGGUGCACGGACAUCUUCGACAAGUUUGUCUCUGUGGACCAAUCAGUGGCCCUCGGCGACAUCGUUCAGAGGAGCUACUGUCCGGCGCGCCUCGGGCAACGUAAGAUCAUCAUCCAACAUCUACUGCUCCUCACCGAUGACGUGGUCUACAUCACCGAUCCGGGAGUCAGGAAGUGUGGCACCAUCAACCUGGACUUACCGAUGGUCAAUGACGCCAAAACAUUUCGUCGAGAGAUUAAAGCCAGUAUGCAGUUUGGAGACACGGAGAUCAAAGUCACCGCCAUGGAUGUGAAAACCUCAAAAAAUUGUCAGAGCCGCCAUUGACUUCCUGUCCAACUGAUGGACAAAGUCCCGUCACAUUUGGACAAUAACUCAAGCCACUUAAUGAUUUAGAACGUUUUGGGACUGUUGAAUACAAAAAAUGCAGCGUAUGACUGCAUCCGACGUACACAUUUUAUUUUAUGUUGUAUUUUUUAACUACUACAUGGAAUUGGCUCAGCGAACAAUCAGUUCACCCAAAAAACUGAUCUUUCCAUUAUGGAAUGAUGCUACCUGAUUGAGUCGCCCAGGCCAGUCCACCAAAAACUGAUUUUCUCCUUAUGGAAUGAUGCUAUCUGGUUGAUUCAACCAAGUCAGUCCACCCAAAACUGAUAUUUCUAUUGCAGAUUGAUGCCACCUGGUUGAUUUUCAUUUUUUUUUUUAAAAGAUUCUGGUAGUGA